UCUCCGCCGCCUCUUCCAGCGCGCGCAGGCCUAUCGGAGAAGGCAUUGAGCGAGCCGCGGUGAUGUGCGGUACCGGACGGACUCGCUGACACGGCGCACUUUCUCAUCGCUCCCUCCCUCUAUCUCUCACGCCGAAGAUGGUGGCAGUCGGCUAAUUCCAACUUCGGACUGCUUUGUUUUUCCUUCUGCGAAGCGCACUUCAUUGUGAGCCUGUGAUGACGGAGGUGGAGCCUGUACUGGACUUUGCCUCCUCUGGGCGCUCUGGGAGGAGAAAUGCUCUUCCGGACAUCCUGGGAUCUCCAGCAGGCGUGAACCCCGGCGACCUGCCUCUGAAACUGGCCGAGCUCUCUCUCGAAGAUGGCCCGGGAGGAGCUCAGUCACCCACGGCGGAGGAGACCCCCGCGCCACCGGAGGGCUCAGAGGAGAAAAACGGAUCGUAGACGCUUGUUCAUUAACCUCCCUGAGGACGAUGCAGAGGUCAGCUGAGCAGAGCGAGGCGAGGGGCGACCUGUGGAAGAACGAGCGACGAUCCGCGGAGAGUUUGCCUGCGUUGUGGCGCAGCAGAACCACAGGGGGGGAGGGAGACGGAGGGACUCCCGAGAGGACUAACGCCCGCAGCGUUGUGCUGGUUAAGACUUCGCACUAUCUGAAAAGGUUCAGAUGACACUCGGCUGGUGUUUAUGUGUUCAGUGGUGACUCAUACAGACCGCUGAGAACACAACCCGGAGAAUCAAAGGGACAGUAAAAGAUUGCACACUGUACAGGACUAUUUUUAUAUGAUUUAUUUAAAACUAAGGAACUUGUUGCUGUAAUUUCUCCUGAUUUGCUGAUUUUGUUUUUGUCAUGCUGUGUGUUUUUCCAGCUUUCACAGGAUUUGGAGUUUGACAGAUUUGAAGCUUUUUCACCCAUUUGAGUACAACCUGAUGGUAACUAACCAGAGUGAACUAAGGAACUGUUUUGGUUGUUUCUCACAGAUAUGCUGUAACGUUUAGGGUAUUUUCACACCUAAUAGUCCUGUAGACUUGGUUCGAUUGGGAACCGAAACUGCAACAUUUGUUUCAUUUUUAGCUGCUGUACUUCUCUUUCAUACAGCACUGUGUAAAACCAAUCAAUUACAUUGAAAAACCUGUUCCCCUUCUCGCCUGUGAGGGCGCUGCACCAAGAACAACUGAAGGAAAUGACACAAAACCCUCUGAGUGCAGCUUCCUUCUUGAGGAAAUGUAAACAUAAAUCAGAUUCUAGCGAUUGUGGAAUUUCUCUUUUGUCUUUGUAAAAGACCACGAGCCAUUUCUCCUGUUAGCGCUACACUCGUGCGUUUCUUUUGGUUGUGUUUACCCAAAAUGCCCUGCACUGUAGUCCACUUCCAGUCUCUGGUCCGCUUGGUGCUUGCACCAGCAUUCGCUUCAACCGAACCCAGACCAAGGUUUUUAUAGGCGGACCAGAGUUCACUUUUUAGUUUGGUUAUACAUUCACACAUCCCCAACCAAACCACAGUUUGAUUAAAGAGGACCGAACAUUUCUGGUGUGAAUGCACCCUAAAUGGGGAUAAUCUGCUGUAUGUAUUUAAAUCUGAAGCUGGGCUGCAAUUGUACAGUUUCUACCUGUUUGACUGUUUCAAGUCAGAAACAAUUUAGCUGACCAUGCAAUGAGGCGUGAAUGCUUUGGGGGGGGAAAUCCAGCGUGGUUCCACAUCUUGAGACAUUCCUCUAGAGAACCGUGUUCUACUGCCACUGAUGCCCCAAACUCUUUUAUAGCACUGCUCAUAUAAUAGUUAUUUCAAAUUUCUUCAGAAUUUUGAUGAAGGCUGCUGAAUUUUCCAAAUGUAUAAAAGUUUGUGCCUAGCGGCAACUUCGUUGUUGAGUACUGUUAUCUAAUGACUUUGGGCUACUGAUAUUUCCUCAGAUUUAAUUGGCGGUCCAUGUUUACUACUGUGGGACGCGUGGACCUGUUCUGUGUUAGCUGUUUCUUCUCCCGACUCCGGCAUAUGCCCGCUGCAAACAAUGCGUUUACCCCGCAGGGAGAGCGCUGGCCGUCUGCUUGUCCAACCAGAGGAAAGUCUGUUCGCGGUUAUCAACACUUGAGCACGAGCUGUGAAUUGGCCGCGGGACUGAGCGCCACAGACAGACACGCAGUCCCGCCUCGUCAGCCAGCAGCUAGGCUACUGUAUAUAAACCGAACUGUAGUGUAAUGUGUCAUACGUCGCUGCGUGUGUGCUUAGCAGACCUUAUCCACAAAGAAACGCUGUUUUGUAAUUGUGUCUAUUGGGGCAUGUGUUACCGGUGGCUGUGUGUGUGUGUGUGUGUGUGUGUGUGUGUGUGUGUGUGUGUGUCUGAGUGGACAUUAUCUCACCAAUGCAACAAGGUCCCAUUCAGAUUCUGAGUUCCCACUGAGAUGGUUUCCACUGGAACCGUCUCAAGGAAUCAGACUUGUAUGUUCGGUGGUGCAUAUGUCUGACUUUGCUGGACUGAAUCCAUAAUGUUGAUUCUAUCUAGUGGUGAAAAUUGCCAUAAUAAACCCACAGGUUU